AUGACCACGCCGUCCCUACCGCCGCCCCUCGCUACCUACCCGGCCACGCCGGCAGCCCUACUCGGCCGGGCGCGCCCGCUCCGCCCCCGGCCUCACCGCCGCCGCCGCCGUGGGCGUCAUGGCAGCCGACCCCCAGCGCGGGCCCCGCCUCGCCCCGGGCGUGCCCAUCCAGCGGGUCCGGUUCCGCCGUCACCCUCCCGACUUCCGGCGUGGGUAACCGCGACGGAGCCCCCGCCCGUCUACUCGGCCGCACCGGCGCCUCCCCCAGUCUACACCACCGCCGGGGACCCUCCGCGCCCGUCCUUCCCGGACCCGCCGCACGCACGCUUCGCCGAGCCGUCCGCUGGUCGCGCGGAGUACCCCGCCCAGGGCGCCACCGGCCUCGCUCCACCACGCUACGCCAAGCUGGAAUUCGCCACGUAUGAUGGCGUCGAGGACCCCCUCAACUGGCUCAACCAGUGCGAGCAGUUCUUCCGGGGGCAGCGUACCCUGGCUUCGGACCGGACGUGGCUCGCCUCGUACCACCUCUGCGGCGCCGCCCAGACGUGGUACUACUCCCUGGAGCAUGACGAGGGUGGCAUGCCUCCAUGGGACCGGUUCCGUGAGCUCUGCCUUCUUCGCUUCGGCCCUCCAAUCCGCGGUAGCCGCUUGGCGGAGCUUGGGCGUUUGGCGUUCACCACCACGGUGCAGGACUUCGCCGACCGCUUCCAGGCCCUCGCAUGCCAUGCGCCCGGCGUGACGGGCCAACAGCGCGCCGAGCUCUUCAUUGGCGGCCUCCCGGACCACAUCCGCGUGGAUGUCGAGCUACAGGCCCCGCAGGACCUCCAGACGGCGAUGCACUACGCGCGCGCUUAUGAGCGUCGCGCCCAGGCGGUGCAGCAGGCGCCCCUGGCCCGCGGCACCCGCGCCGCCCGGCCUCCCCCGACGGCCACGGCUGCCAACCGCCCCGCCCCACCAGGACCGACCGGGCCCGCCCCCGCGGCUACACGCACGUUCCGCCGCCUCACCCGGCGGAGCAGCUCGAACGCCGCCGCCUGGGACUCUGCUUCAACUGCGACGACCCAUACACGCCCGGUCACGUGUGUCCUCGCCUAUUCUACCUGGAGACAGUCGACGUGGAGGAAGGCGACCCGACGACCGGGCCAGUUGCCGCGGCGCCCGAGACGGCCGGGCCGCCCGACGCGGCUGCCACGGCCUUUGUCGUGUCUCUACACGCGCUCGCCGGCAUCCGCCACGAGCGGACGAUGCUUCUCCCGGUCACUAUCCAGGGCGAGCCUCUGGUGGCGCUACUGGACACGGGGUCGACGCAUAACUUUCUCCCCGCCGCCACUAUGCGCCGCCUCGCGCUACAGCCGACCGGUGGGGAUACCCUCCGCGUGACCGU